AUGCCAAAGAAGUUCGGAAAGGUCGUCCUCGCUUCCACGGGCGACUUACCAGGCGACAAGGACAGCAAAGUCAAAGGCUGGGUCGAGCAUGCCGGCGGCACCUUCGUCAAGGAAGUCUCCAGGGAUGUCACCCAUCUGGUCUGUAGCGAGAAGGCUUGGAAGCGGUACCAUCCCAUCGUCAGAGAAGCGCGCCGUAUGCACACUGUGCACAUUGUCAAGCUUGAUUGGCUUGAGGAUAGUCUGCUGAGCAAGUCCGGUAAGCCUCUCGAUCCCACGCCGUACAAGUGGGAGCAGCGAAAGGAACGGUGUGGCGGCGGGAUAAAGCGCAAACGGGGGAAAGACGACUGCAUGGACGGUGGCGAUGACGAGGCGAAGAAGCCGAAGCUGGCGAAGCGGACCAGAACGCGGAAGUCACCAGACGUGGAGGGCGAGGGACGAAGCAAGAACGAAAGAGUCGAGAGAGCUGGCAAGGAAUUCGACGAGGCGUGUAUCGAAUUCGAAAAGAUCAUGGGAAAGCAAGGCUACCGACCUUUCACCGACCAGAGCGGCUUCGUGUACCUCUUCACCUUGGUGCGGAAGGACAUCCUGAAAAAUCGCGUGGAGAAGCAUAGAAUCAAGGUGCGUUAUGCACCUUCUUUCACUUCCUGUCACGAGACCUUCAUCCCAAUCUCCCACCAAGACGUCGACCGGAGACGCAAGAAGUCCGAUGACAGCGUGACUCCUUCCGAGCGCAUGCUGUAUCAAUCAGACGCCCGUGAAUCGAGUACGGAUGGCUUGCUUCUGGAGGAUCCCAUACUGCCACCAUGCCCAGUACCCUUGUACUAUUUCCCCAAGCCCUACCCAUAUUCCCUCUAUCCUUGCAUCGCAAGUUCUCUGCCACGCCAGCUCACAUCCGCCAACCGCAACUUGCGCGUGCCCAUUCCCGAUCCAUGGGCUCAGAGUCUGCAGCUUUUUGUGUCCGAAGAACCCACGGCCGUCCCACUAUCCGGCAACCCCAAGCAGCCUUCGGCUCCCAGCGCCAUACACCACCGCGAUCUACGAGAGUUGCGCAAAAAGUCGUAUGCCGCGUAUACUGUGUACACCAAACCAGGAUCUCGUCACGUUCAGACACUGGUGCCCGCUGGCAGCACCUUCGACUUCGCAUGGGCCAUGUUUUCCAAGUUCUUUAAGAAAAAGGUCGGGCUCGAAUGGACUGAUGUCCACAAUGGAUGGAAGAAGGGCCUCAAGCUCGAGCAGAUCCUCAAGGAGAGAGUUGGUGGAGGGGACGGCCCUGGCGAAGAUGAAUACUGGGAUGUGUUGGAGCCGGCACUUGCGAAAGGGCAAACACCCAGAGCAGAUCGAGGGUCGACGGCAUCCAUUGAGAGCGGGGAGAGCAGCCCGACUGUUACGGUGGUUGUGAAUGCCAGCUCGUUGACCGCCAGAGACCAGAUGGAAGCCAGAGCGAUGACGCCGGAAGAGGGAUGGUGA